AUGGACAUCGACGACACUGUUCCCGACACCCCCGUGAGGGACAGAAAAGUCAUCCACAGCACCCCAACCAAGGACGAGGCGGAAUAUGAGACCGUUGCCACCGUGCCUGUCCCCAAUUUCCAGCCACUCGCUGCAGCACACGCCCAAGCACAAUCUUUGACUCCUGCAUCCCAGCAGCGCUAUACCCAACCCACCCAACUGCUGGAGGUCCCUUACUCUGCAAAGAGCAAUUCCGUUGUACAGGUCGCCGCUUCCUCCCCCCCAGCUCCUACCUCCUCCCCCUCUCGUCCCACCAUGAGCGGCGGUCAUUUCUCCAAUAUGAUGGCCCCGGCCGGCACCAGCUUUCGCCCCCCCGCCGCCUCAGGCCCGGCAAAGCGUGCCCCCGUGAUCGACCUGGAAGACGACGGCCCGACCUAUCGCGGCGGUUCGUCCGACGAGGACGCUCAGAUGCUCAGAAACACCGACAUCAAACCCGCCAUGUUCGCCAAAUCCUCGCGGAGCCCCGAAAAAGUGGUCGAUUCCCCCAUGGAUAAAUUCAAGGAGAUUACCGCUUCCGCCGUUUACAACCCCUCCGGUGUCAAACGCUCUGCCUCGCAGAUGGACCCGGCGCCCAAAGGCGUGGCCAUGAAGAAAGCCCGCCAGGAUGGCCCCUCGCGCGCUCAACCGGUCGGUACCACGAUCUCGUCGCUACAGGACAUUGAAGACUACCAGGUCAGGGUCAAGGUGGAGAGGAUGUUGAAAGUUUUGCCGCAAAAGUCUGUUCACGCAUGCGUGCAGGCGCUUCUCUCGAAACGCGGGAACUUCGAGAACGCCCUGGAACACCUGGCGGAUUCAGACGAAAAGGGUGUCUCUUCAGAGGACGAGUUGAACAAGAGGACAUCGCCGGUUGCGCCGGCGAAGCAGCAGAUUAAGGCUCGCGGGACCAUCCAGGACAAGUGGUCAGCUAUGAACAUACAAAGGACACUGUCUUCUCAAAAGCAGCAAUCGCAGCCCGCGCAAGCUUCGGACGAUGAGUCCAAACCGCGGCGGCGAUUGAUGAGAGGGCCCAAAUCCCGUGUGUCCUCCCCUAGUCCCGCCCCCAGUCCGGCUCGCGCUGCACCUCCUUCCGAGACGCCGGCCAAGAAACCCGGUCGCCUGGUCCAGGGACGGAAGCCUGUAUCGCCUCAGCGGUCGGAGUCCCCCGAGGCCGCAAUUAUAUCGGAUGACUCUGAUUCCGCUAUGGAAGAGCCGCAGGAAGAUGGGGAGCUGUCGACAAAGGUUUUGAAAUUCUUCAACACUUGCAGCAUUCUGGAGCUUGCUGAUCUUGCUGCCAUCACCGAAGAUAUUGCUCAACAUGUCAUGUCGUUUCGACCGUUCAAAAACUUGGAAAAGGUUCGCGCUGUCCCGCCCCCGGCAAAGGAGGAGACGAAGCCAAAGGGUAGCCGUGGCCGUAAAACGCCAAAGCCGAUCGGUGAUAAGAUCGUUGAUAAAUGCUGGGAUAUGUGGGUGGGCUACGAAGCGGUGGAUUCUUUGGUCGCGCAAUGCGAGGCUUUGGGAAAACCAAUUGCGGCGGAGAUGAAGAAAUGGGGUGUGGACAUGUUCGGAAAGAAAGACGGGGAGCUGGAGCUGGUAUCCAUCAACCCCAGAGAUACUCAUUCCCAGUCCCAUGACUCCGGGAUCGGGACUCCUGCUAGCCAGCGUUCGGACGAAGACAGCGAUGGGCCUGCGCCUGGGGCGCGAAAAAGCCGUUUCAUCGGUCAACCUGGGAUCAUGCGUGAUGACUUGAAGAUGAAGGACUAUCAGAUCGUGGGUAUCAACUGGCUGUCUCUUCUCUUUGAGAAGGAUUUGAGCUGUAUUUUGGCCGACGACAUGGGUCUUGGAAAGACCUGCCAAGUUAUUGCCUUCUUAGCGCAUUUGUACGAGAAGGGUAUCAAAGGGCCACAUCUCAUCGUUGUGCCAUCGUCCACCAUCGAGAACUGGCUCAGAGAGUUUCAGAAGUUCUGCCCGACACUCUCAGUCAUGCCUUACUAUGCCAACCAGAAAGAGCGGGCGGAGAUUCGAGAAACGAUCGAAGACAACAGAGACAGUAUCAAUGUUGUAAUCACCACUUACACCAUUGCCAAGGGCAAGGUUGAUGCGCACUUCCUCCGCAACAUGCACUUCUGCGCCUGUGUCUUUGAUGAGGGGCACAUGUUGAAAAGCAGUACCUCGGUUCUUUACGAGAAGCUGAUCAGAAUUCGCGCUCGUUUCAGGCUGCUUCUGACAGGCACACCUCUGCAGAACAAUCUCCAGGAAUUGGCAUCUUUACUAGGCUUUAUCCUCCCGAAGGUAUUCCAAGAACGCAAAGAGGACCUUCAGUAUGUCUUCGCGAACAAGGCAAAGACAGUCGAUGAGUCGCACUCGGCUCUUCUUUCCGCGCAGCGCAUCGAACGAGCCAAGUCGAUGCUGAAGCCAUUUGUCUUGCGACGAAAGAAGCACCAGGUCAUUGAUCUGCCUGCAAAGAUAUCACAUGUGGAAUACUGCGAGAUGAACGCUGCGCAGCAAGCAAUCUAUGAUCACGAACAAGAGGAGGUGCGCAAGCUGUUGGCCGAUCGAGCGGCCGGGAAGAAGACGGGCAACAAAUCCGCCAACAUCCUCAUGAAGCUCCGACAGGCAGCCAUCCACCCGCUGCUGUACAGGCGUCAUUACGACAACCCCACUCUGAGCCGCAUGGCGAAGGCCUGCCUGAAAGAAGAGCAAUGGUCACUGUCUGAUCCUGAUGUUAUUUACGGCGAGCUUCAAGCAUACAAUGACUACGAAUGUCACAGCAUGUGUGUUUCGAAUCCCCGUUCGCUGGGCAAGUUUGCACUGAAAAACAACGAAUGGAUGGACUCCGGGAAAGUCGACAAGCUCUGCGAGCUACUUAAGCGGUUCCAAGAGAAUGGUGAUCGGGCAUUGGUCUUCUCGCAAUUCACGUUGGUCAUGGACAUUCUCGAGAACGUGCUCGAAAACCAACACAUCGGGUUCGUCCGGCUCGACGGAAGAACGAACGUCGAAGACCGCCAAUCGAUCCUGGAUGCGUUCCACGAACGAACCGAAAUCCCAGUCUUCCUUCUUUCGACCAAAGCCGGCGGUGCGGGCAUCAAUCUGGCCUGUGCCAACAAGGUCAUCAUCUUCGACUCGAGCUUCAACCCCCAGGAGGACGUCCAGGCCGAGAACCGCGCCCACCGCGUCGGCCAGACCCGCGACGUGGAAGUCAUCCGGCUCGUGACCAAAGGCACAAUCGAGGAGCAAAUCUACGCCCUCGGCCAGACCAAGCUCGCGCUCGAUCACGCCGUCGCUGGCGAAGACGCCGCGGACUUGAAGAAGGCCGAAGACGAAGGCAUCAAAGCGGUCGAGAACAUGGUUCUUGCCGAUAUGAAAAACGAAAAGAGCGAUGACUCUUGAAGAAUUGCCUUUUUUUUUUCUUUUUCUCAUGUUAGACCAUAAAACAUAUACAGGGCUUCCAUCUAGUUCUUUUUCUUUCGUCUCAUGUACCCCUCUCAUGUAUCCUCCAUUGUAUCUGAUCUUUUUUUUGUUACUCUCGUGGCAUCCAUCUAAUGCACAUGGCGCCAGCGAUCUGUUGAUUUGGUUAUUUUGACUUGACCCCUUUUGAAAUAACCUCUUCAGAGCGAAAAGAUAUGUCUUCUUCUAUAGAUGUUUGGCCAUAG